AUGUCCUAUGGCAAAUCGCUCAAUUUGAGCCAAAAUACAUUUCCAGCGCCUCCUGAACCCGAGGUUGACGCCCCGGAAAGCGAGUAUUCUUACCGUCAGACCAGGCGCACCACUAAUGUUUACGAUGCCGUUGCUGGUCGAGUCAACCGCAAAGGGCACCACCCAUCCGAGGCUUUCGCCUCUCGCUACCGCGACACUGCCUCGUCCGGGGCCCGCACGCUCCGACCAGAGGAGGUUCUAUUCCGGACACAAAACACCGUGACAGACCCCUUGGAAGAGGAAAAUUAUUUCGCAAAUGAGAAUAUACGACCUGACAAUGCGCUGCCAAGCUCCGAGAUACUCGAGGCUAUCCACGCCUACGCCGCUGAUUUUUACGAGUUCGCAACGGAGGAUCACGGACUUCACGACCACCACAGCAUGGACGAGACGGCCCUCAUUGCAAUGGGAAUCCUAGUGGAGGAGAUGGCCAGAGAGGCCCUAGGGGAGACGGGAGACCUAGUGCUCGUGGAAGGCGAAGAGCUACCCAACGGUGCCGACGAGACGGGUGCAGAAACCGACACCACCAACGCUUCUCAGUCCAGAGACCGUGCUCGGAGGAGGAAGAGAGCGCACACCGGCGGUAGUAGCAUGGUUAGCUCGCAAGACAAUCUCAAGGGCGUGCGGCAAAAAUUCAAGCGCCGAAAAUUGAAGCGCGGGGCUUCCACUACGGACGCGGAUACGGAACUUGAUGAACGAUGA